AAUUUGCAAAAAAGUUUUUACCCAUACUCUCGCGUCAGUCAAAUUCCCAACAACGCGUAGUAUUAAUGUGUUAUAAAUUAUAAGCUUUUAAUUAAGAAGUGCAAAUUGUGACAGAGAGCGAGCCAAAGCGUACUUAUUGCUACCAGCUGACUGAAAAAUGGAAGCACUAAUUCCAGUUAUCAACAAAUUGCAAGAUGUCUUCAAUACGGUCGGCUCUGACUCAAUACAAUUGCCGCAAAUUGUUGUACUCGGCAGUCAGAGUUCAGGCAAAAGUUCCGUAAUCGAGAGCGUUGUUGGUCGCUCGUUUCUGCCACGCGGAACGGGCAUUGUCACACGCCGCCCGCUGAUUCUGCAACUGAUUCACUGUCCGCUGGAGGAUCGCGAGCAUCGCUCAGCAGAGAAUGGCACUGUUAAUGCGGAGGAGUGGGGACGCUUUCUACACUCGAAGAAAUGCUUUACGGACUUCAAUGAUAUACGCAACGAGAUCGACAAUGAAACGGAUCGUGUGGCCGGCAGCAACAAGGGCAUCUGCCCGGAGCCCAUCAAUCUCAAGAUAUUCUCCACGCGCGUUGUCAACCUGACGCUGGUGGAUUUGCCGGGCAUUACCAAAGUACCUGUCGGCGAUCAACCUGAGGAUAUUGAAGCCCAAAUCAAGGAUUUGGUCAUCAAGUACAUUGAGAAUCCUAAUUCAAUUAUUUUGGCCGUAACGGCCGCCAACACGGACAUGGCAACCAGCGAGGCCCUCAAGCUGGCCAAAGAUGUUGAUCCCGAUGGCCGGCGUACACUGGCCGUGGUCACCAAACUCGAUCUCAUGGAUGCCGGCACUGAUGCCAUUGAUAUUCUGUGCGGUCGCGUCAUACCCGUCAAGCUGGGCAUCAUUGGUGUAAUGAAUCGCUCGCAGCAGGACAUCAUGGAUAAGAAGAACAUCGAUGACCAAAUGAAGGACGAAGCGGCUUUCCUGCAGCGCAAAUAUCCCACGCUGGCCACACGCAACGGCACACCCUAUCUGGCGAAAACUCUGAAUCGCCUGCUGAUGCACCAUAUACGCGACUGCCUACCCGAUCUUAAGACGCGCGUGAAUAUCAUGUCCACGCAAUUCCAAUCGCUACUCAACUCCUACGGCGAGGACGUUUCGGACAAGAGCCAAACGCUGUUGCACAUUAUAACUAAGUUCUCAAGUGCCUACUGCUCCACAAUUGAGGGAACGGCGCGCAAUAUCGAGACAACAGAGCUGUGCGGCGGUGCGCGCCUCUGUUACAUUUUCCAUGAGAUCUUCGGACGCACAUUGGACUCGAUACACCCGCUAGCCGGCCUGACCAAAAUGGACAUUCUCACAGCCAUACGCAAUGCAACGGGGCCACGACCGGCGUUGUUUGUGCCUGAGGUGUCGUUUGAGCUGUUGGUGAAGCGGCAAAUACGUCGCCUGGAGGAGCCCUCGCUGCGCUGCGUGGAGCUGAUACACGAAGAAAUGCAACGCAUUGUGCAGCACUGCGGCAAUGAAGUUCAACAAGAGAUGUUGCGUUUCCCCAAGCUGCACGAGAAGAUAGUCGAUGUGGUGACCCAGCUGCUCCGUUGUCGUCUGCCUGCCACCAAUGUCAUGGUCGAGAACAUUGUGGCCAUCGAGCUGGCAUACAUCAAUACCAAGCAUCCAGAUUUUCACAAGGAAGCCGCCUUGGUGCCCAGCCUACUCAAAACCGACAACGAUCCCUAUUCGCAGUCGCGACGCACGAAUACGUCACGCAAUAACAUGUCGCCGCAGGUCUCCGCACACAGCUCGGUCACACAGAACCAGCAACAGAUGCAACAGUCACACCAACAGAUGCACACACAGCAACAGCAGCAACAGCAACAAAAUGAUACGCACGACCAGAUUUCUACAACGUUUUAUGGGCUGCUUUUGUCAAGGAAUCACGUUGGCGAAAACUCAGCAGGCUCUUGGUUAUCAAACAUUUUACCACCCCCGCCCAAUCGUCACGACAGCAUGGAGAACUCGGCUAGCAAUACGCCAGUGCAUAACAAUAUGGUCAGUCCACUGAAGCCCGUCAAUCUGCUGCCCGAUGUGCCGGCUAUUGCCAAUCCACGUCGCCUUACAGACAAGGAGCAGAAGGAUUGCGAUGUGAUUGAGCGCCUGAUUAAAUCGUACUUCUAUAUUGUGCGCAAAUCUAUACAAGACUUAGUACCAAAGGCAAUUAUGCAUUUCUUGGUUAACUACGUUAAGGAUAACUUGCAAAGUGAGCUUGUCACCCAUUUAUAUAAAUCGGAAAAGGCUGAAACUCUGCUGAAUGAGUCGGAUCACAUUGCAGUGCGCCGAAAAGAGGCGGCGGAUAUGUUGAAGGCACUAACUCGUGCGAACCACAUUAUCAGCGAAAUACGCGAGACUCACAUGUGGUAGUGUGCGUGCCUGUGCUUGACCCAGAUAUGAUAUUGGAGCCAGUUUCGACAUAAUAUCCCAAGAAAUUAUAAAGCACUAUUUAUUGAAAACAACUAGAAAUCUACUAUCAGAAAACCCGAAGUUAUCCGCUUUGUUAAAUGUUUCCCAAAACAUUAGCGCUUUACAUUUAGCACCAAAUUCAGAAUACGGGCUAAACCAGACCAUAUUAUAAUAGAUUUAAGUAUAUUUAAAACAUUUCUUCGUUUUCUUACCGCUGCAUUUGAAGAGUCGUCAGCAGGGAGACAAGCAUCUAUGUAUUUCAGUUUCUACUUGGACGCCUAGCAUUUCUCCCCUUCAUCAUUUGACCAUUUUGCAUGUGAAAUGAGUUGUCAUCGUGAUUGGUUUGUUUUAAGUUAAUCAAAGCACCUAUUACAUUUUUGAAUAGUCAAAUAAAAUCAGAAAAUCCGUUGAUUUAACACUGAACGAAA